UUCCUACACUUUAUUUAGUCCUUGUUGGGAAUAAGCUAAACUGAUCUCAGGUCCUGUCAGCAGCAGCAGAUUCUCCUCCUCCUGCAGUGAGAGCAAACAGGACGUCACUUGCAUGAGAAUCUCCAGCAGGGACCAUGAAAAUAGCAUCUUUUAACGUCCAGAAGUUUGGGAAAAACAAAGUCUCAGACCCAGAUGUCCUCAGUGUACUGACUAAGAUCGUGUCUCGAUAUGACAUCAUUGUGAUCCUGGAGGUGGUGGACAUCACAGGAGAGGCUGUAAAAAUCUUGCUGGACGCCGUCAACAAAUCCAACAAGAGGCCCUACACUCUGACAAUCAGCAAACGUCUGGGCCGAACGGAAAAGUACCAGGAGCAGUUCAUGUUUCUGUACAGGGAAGACAUGGUUAAAUUGGUGGACACCUAUCAGUUUGAUGACAAAAAGACUGAGGGAACAGACGUUUUUGCUAGAGACCCCUACAUCCUGCGAUUCAAAUGCUUCAAUACAGUGCUGGAGGACUUAGUGAUGAUCCCUGUUCACACCAAACCAGAGGACUCUGUGAAGGAGCUGGAUGAGCUCUACGAUGUCUUCAUGGAUGUCAAGAAGAAGUGGAAGACUGAUAACAUGAUGAUCCUGGGCGACUUCAAUGCGGACAGCUCGUACGUACCCAAGAAGAAAAUGAAGGGCAUUCGUAUCCGUAGUGACAAGAACUUCCACUGGCUGAUUGGAGAUGACAUUGACACCACAGCAAGCAACCAAAACGACAACACUUACGACAGGAUAGUGGUUUACGGAGAUGACAUGCUCCAGGCUGUAGUACCAAACUCUGCCAAACCCUUCAACUUCCAGAAGGCAUUUGGACUCACUGACAAGCAGGCUCUGAAAGUGAGCGACCAUUAUCCUGUGGAGGUGGAGCUGAAGUCCAGUAAGACACAAGCAGCAACAUCCGGGGCAGAAAAAUGAAGCCAAUGCGGACGUGCCAAAAAUUGUAACCAGCAUGAGGCUGACUCCAGAAGCGAGUCAAUCUCCAUUGACCUCCACGUUAAAAUGAACAACUUUACAGCAGAAAUAAACAUGUUGGCAGCCUG